AUGUCUGUAUACGUUAUCACUGGUGCGUCCAAGGGAAUCGGGUUCGGGUUUGUCAAGAGCAUUUCGGAAGACCCCGCCAACCUAGUCGUCGGUCUGGUCCGUGACAAGGCUGCCACCGAGAAAAAGGUAGCCGAAGAGCUGGGUGGCCGGACCAACAUCCACAUCCUCCAUGGUGAUCUUACCAGCUACGAAAGCCUGAAGCAGGCAGCUGCCGACACUGCCAAGAUUGUUGGCGAGCGUGGCGUCGACUACCUGGUUGCCAACGGAGCCUACCCUUCCCAGUUUGAUGCCUAUGUCCCUAUCGGCGCAUUGGGCGACCAGGUUGAGGAGCUGGAGGAGGUCUCAGCGAAGCUCUUCAAGACCAAUGUUGUUGGCAACAUCCACCUGUUCAAUCUCUUCAUCCCCCUUGUCAAGCAGAGCAAGGCCAAAAAGGUCAUUGCCAUUUCCAGCGGCCAUGGUGACCUUGACUGGAUCAACAACAACGACAUUGAGAUUAGUUCGUUAUACGGUGCCUCCAAGGCGGCCCUGAACGUCGUCGUGGCCAAGUUCAGCGUGCAAUACAAGCCCGAGGGUGUGCUCUUCUUCAGUCUUAGUCCCGGAGCCGUAGAGGUCGGCCACUAUGACAAUGUGAGUCCAGAGCAGGUCCAGGGGUUGAUGGGAUUCAUGGGCAAGAUUCAAGCCUAUGCUCCUCACUUCAAGGGUGCCGUCCCGGUAGAGGAUGCCGUCCGAACCAUCAGGGCUACAUGGGAGAGAGCCAGCAUCGAGACCGGGUAUGCCGGUGCAUUCGUCUCGCAACAUGGCAACAAGCAGUGGCUGUAG